AUGGGAGACCUUUUAUCAACACCGUCAGCUUCAAUGUCUUCGUCAGAAUCCUAUUCCGCAAAAAACGUAUCCCCUUCCGAUACAAGUCCUUCAACUCCUUCUACAAUCGCAGAUGAUCAAAACCAAGAAGUUUCUGAUCAUUCGAAUGUCUCCACAAGUGAAGAAAACGGUGACGAAGAAGAAGAUGGGGAAUGUGGUUUCUGCUUGUUUAUGAAGGGAGGUGGAUGUAGGGAUGAGUUUAUAGCUUGGGAGAAUUGCAUUGAAGCAGCAGAAAAAAAAGAGGAAGAUAUUGUGGAGAAGUGUUUCGAGGUGACGGGUUUGUUGAAGAAGUGUAUGGAGGCUCACUCUGAUUACUAUGAACCUGUACUUAAAGCAGAGAAGGCGGUAGAGGAAGAGGCGUCCAAGGAAAUGGAUCAAGAAACCUCUGCCAAACAAUAA